GUGGAAGAAAUUGUUGAUAUAGGAGCAUUUGCCCCAGAAGAUAUUCAUGUUCCCAAAAUCUAUGUUGAUCGUCUAAUACAAGGAGAGAAGUUUGAGAAGAGAAUUGAACGCUUAUCAAUCCGAAAGCCUGAAGACUCAAAAGCCAAACAAAAACAAGGAGACAAUGUGAGAGAGAGGAUCAUCAGAAGGGCUGCUUUAGAGUUUGAGGAUGGCAUGUAUGCUAAUCUGGGUAUUGGAAUCCCCCUGUUGGCCAGUAACUUCAUCAGUCCAGACAUAACUGUUCACUUACAGAGUGAAAAUGGAGUCCUGGGUUUGGGUCCUUAUCCACUUGAAAAUGAAGUAGAUCCAGACCUGAUUAAUGCAGGAAAGGAGACAGUCACUGUUCUUCCAGGUUCUUCCUAUUUCUCUAGUGAUGAAUCAUUUGCAAUGAUAAGAGGAGGCCAUGUUGAUUUGACAAUGCUUGGAGCUAUGCAGGUGUCUAAGUAUGGUGAUCUGGCCAACUGGAUGAUUCCUGGUAAGAUGGUGAAAGGAAUGGGGGGUGCCAUGGACCUGGUAUCCAGUGCGCAGACCAAAGUGGUUGUCACCAUGGAGCACUCAGCCAAGGGCAAUGUCCAUAAAAUCUUGGAGAAGUGCAAUUUACCACUUACUGGGAAACAAUGUGUAAACCGCAUCAUUACGGAGAAGGCUGUGUUUGAUGUGGACAAGAAGAAGGGGUUGACUCUUGUGGAAAUCUGGGAAGGACUGACAGUGGAUGAUAUCAAGAAAAGCACUGGCUGUGACUUCACAGUUUCGCCGAAACUGAUACCAAUGAGGCAGAUUUAAACGUGAAAUGCAGACUGGGCUUAACUUGCCAGAAGGCUUGUUUCCAAAUGGGAGCUCAGUGAAGAGAAAUCGAUGACUGUUUUGCAAUUCUACUUCUUUUUUUCUUUUUUUUUUAAGGGCUUUUGAAGUAGUUUCCAGAUAGUAACUCAUGCUGUGACUGUCAGCCUAAAUUGUAUUUUACUUUCAUAACAUUACCAGUUUUAAUGGAAGGGUAAAUUUAUUCCCUAACUUUUGAAUAAUGUUAUACUAAUAUGUUAAUGAACAUUGUCAAAAAAAAUGCCUUGUAGUCUCUCUGCCAAAUACUACAUUUUUGACACAAAUUCACAAAAUGACCAUGCAAAACUUAUGAUUGCCUCUG